CAACCAAAUCUGUACAUAUAGAAACUACGCCGCUUGAAUAGGGGCAUAUUGUGGCGCUUAUCUACAUCUCUUUAGGGGCGACAAUUUCCGGCUCCUUUGGGGUCUCUGCAAAGCUCCUCUCGGCCGUCGACGACGUCCAAUAAUGGCAAGCACUCAGCAUAGCUUAAGAAAAGCAAUUGGGGCUCUGAAGGACUCCACAAAAGUUGGAUUGGCAAAAGUAAAUGGUGAUAACAAGGGGCUAGAUGUUGCAAUUGUUAAGGCCACAAACCAUAAAGAAAAAGUGCCAAAGGAGAAACAUGUCAGGACUAUCUUGAUUGCAGUUUCAGCUUCAAGCCCUCGCUCUGAUGUUGCUUUCUGCGUACACUCUCUUUUUAAGCGUCUUGCUAAGACACAUACUUGGACGGUUGCAUUGAAAACCUUGAUCGUUGUACACCGUGCACUAAGGGAAGUUGAUCCUUCAUUUCACCAAGAGCUAAUUACUCUUGGACGGGGCAGAGGUCUCAUGCUGAACCUAGCACAUUUCAGAGAUGAAUCAAGUUCACAAGCAUGGGACUACUCUGCCUGGAUUCGUAGAUAUGCUUUGUAUCUCGAAGAGCGUCUAGAAUGCUUCCACGAAUUGAAAUAUGAUGUUGAUAAAGAUCAGUCGAGAAACGGAAGGCUUGACACCCCGCAUCUGAUACGGCAGCUACCUGUCUUGCAAGAGCUUCUCCAUCGCCUUCUUGCUUGCAAGCCAGAGGGGGCAGCUUUAUGCAACCGCUUGAUUCAUUAUGUUCUAUCAAUUGUUGCAGGCGAAUGUGUUAACCUAUACAUUGCAAUUACUGAGGGAAUUUUAAAUCUGGUUGACAAGUAUUUCGAGAUGCAGCACCACCAUGCUGUUAAGGCACUUGAGAUUUAUCGGAAGGCAGGAAAUCAGGCCUCACAGUUAUCUGAGUUCUUUGAGAUAUGCAAGGGCCUUCACUAUGGGCAAGGGCAAAAGUACCUUAAGAUUAAACCGCUCCCUGCAUCAUUCCUGACUGCUAUGGAAGAUUACGUGAAGGAGGCUCCAGAAGUUUUGACGCUUCCAUAUAAAGCAAUAAAGGAUGAUAAUAAAGGUGCUGCUCCCACAGAAGUCCCUACUCCUAGAUCUGAUUUGUUAAUAGAUCAUAACCAAGACACUGAUGUUCAAGAAAAAUCAAGCCCCUCUGUUACACCUUCGGACCAACCCCAGAGUGAUCCAAGGCAGGGUGUUGCAAAGCUAGAGAUUGCUGAUCUUCUGUGCUUUGACGACCCACCUGAGGAAGGAUCUGAACUGAAUGACAAAAAUUCCCUUGCUCUAGCAAUUGUUGAAUCUGAAGGUGUUUCAAGUGCUGGAAAUGAUGUCAGCUCAGCAUCCGCAACUCCAAGUUGGGAGCUUGAACUUUUUAGUGCACCAAGCUCAAAUGGAGCAGCUCUUGCAGAGAAUAAUGUGACUGGGAGAUUGGACAGAUUAACACUAGACAGUUUAUACGAUCAAGCAAUAGCGAGUACUACACAUCAGGAUCGGGCAUGCAACUUGGGUCAGGUGUCCACGAACCCUUUUGAGGUUGAUUACGACCAGGAUCCAAUUUGUGGAAGCAGCGAUGUCACACCUCCAACUGAUGUGCAAAUGGAAAGCAUGGCUCAACAGCAAACUUACAUCAUGCAGCAGCAGCAGCAGCCUCCCAUGGUUGGCUACGAUUCAACAAUCCCUUCCGGUAAUCCCUUUGUCGAGCACAGCAUGCCAUCUCAGCCACCUGAGAAUUCCUAUUCUGGCUUAAUUUAGGGGUAUUAAGGCUUUUUGUUGAGAUAGUGGUAGAUGCCAAGUGGUAAACAGAUUUCACUCUCCUGUUGAGAGCACUGAGCGAUUACAAGAGCUCAACAGGG